CAGUCUGUUAAGGUAUGCAUCUUUUUCCUGUUUGUUUUAAUACUUGUCUCUCAACUCUGAAUCAAGACUCUUAAAAUAGUAGUCCAGCAGUCUAGCCGCCUGCUUGGCAAGGAGCCCACAUCUCUACCCUCUCUUCUUUACCGCCAGUAACCAAACACACAAACAUGCUUCUUACAUAUCUGUUAGUCUGCCUCCUUUCAUUCAGUGUUUAGUACACAUGCCAGGCAGACACACAACACGUGAACUCACACAACAGACGCUAUGUUCCUCACAACAAGUACCUAGAAAUAAUUAAGUUUUAUACCUCAUUAUAUUUUCCACUAUUUCCUAACUUCAAGAACUGAAUUAUUUUUAAUGACACACUAUCAAAUGUAUUUACUGUCAAAGAAAUGUUUCAGAAUUUGUUCUAAGAAUGUGUUAACAUUUAUUAGUCAGUGCAACAAACAUUUAAACAAGUGACUCAAUAUUGCUAAAUUCGCACUGUAGUGAUGUAACAAAACGGUUUUAUUAUCUUUCAUUAUUAUAUAUGUGUAAAUUCUUAUUCAAACCAACUAAACAUAAGAGUGGGUGCAGCAGUUUCCAUCAUGCGGCUCUGGAUAUUAUUGGUACUUGGUGUGUGCUUCAGUACAGCAAUAAAAUGCAGAUUUCAAUAUCAUUUCAUCUGUCACAGGGUAUUUCAGUAUACAGGUGUCGAUGAAGACGACAUGAAAAAGACAUAUAUCUGUCCACCAGACUUUGUUCGUAAUGGUAACAGUUGCUAUUUCUUCAGCACUCAUAUGGCAACAUGGCAAGAGGCCCACUUUGCAUGUAAAGAUAAGGACAGUGAGCUGGCAAGGUUGGAAAAAGGUUGGGAAGAUCGAAACAUGAGAAGUUACCUCAAUAAACCUGAGUUAGCCCGUUUAGAACGCUGGAUAGGAGGAAUAUACAACUGGGAGACCAAACGAUGGGUUUGGGGAGCAACGGGAAGACGUCUCAGUUACCAGGGAUUUUCUCGCCGUUCCCCGACAGAAGACCCGAGCUGGCACUGUAUUGUCAUGGAUCCACUCAUGAUGUACAAAUGGGGAACACGGAGUUGUGUUCAUCGCAAACAUUACAUCUGCGAAAAGCCUUUGCAAACGGUAAUGGUACCAGAAGACAACACACUCAGGCAACACACUGUAAGGCGGUCACACAGAAGACGAAGACCCCAGUUACAACAAGUUCGGCACUAAAAGACUACUUUAAGGUUUAAAGAAGUAAAAUAAUUAAAUGAUGACAUUGAAGCCUGAGUAUUUUGAAACAUGAUAGGAACUCUUCAGUAACAUUUUUAUCGUAUCGUGUAUAAAAUAAGUUUUGAUACACAGAUAAUUUGUUAGGAAGUCCAUAUUAGCAGUCCUCAUAAAUUAUACCACAUACACACUGCCCUAACAUGUGUAGUUCUUAUAUGGUCUAAUAUGUACUAUGACAUGAAAUUCAAUACAUCUACGUGUAAUCAGUCUGUUAUUGAGUUAUAACUAUAAGUGGGAUCAAUAAAAUAUUUUUCUGUACAGUCA